CCUUCAUCUCUCUCUCUCUCUCUCUCUCUCUCUGGUGCUCUCUUCGCCUCUCUUGAAGGCCCUCGCAAGGGUUCCAUUGUUGCGGAUCCAUUCUGAGCAUCGCUGAACCCUCGUUUGAGGCCUCCGAUCGAUCACCAUGGCUGCGGCCAACGCUCCGAUCGCCAUGCGGGAAACCCUCACUCUCCCGAGUAUUGGGAUAAACCCGCAAUUUAUCACGUUCACGCAUGUCACGAUGGAAUCGGAAAAGUAUAUUUGUGUGAGGGAGACAUCACCGGCGAACAGUGUUGUGAUUGUCGAUAUGAGUAUGCCUAUGCAGCCGUUGAGGAGGCCCAUCACUGCAGACUCCGCUCUGAUGAACCCCAACAGCAGGAUUCUGGCCCUUAAAGCUCAACUUCCUGGAACGACUCAGGACCACUUGCAGAUAUUUAAUAUAGAGGCAAAACAAAAAAUAAAGUCACAUCAGAUGCCAGAGCAGGUUGUCUUUUGGAAGUGGAUCACACCCAAGAUGUUGGGGCUUGUCACCCAAACUUCUGUGUACCAUUGGUCGAUUGAGGGUGAAUCAGAGCCGGUUAAAAUGUUUGACAGAACAGCAAAUUUGACAAAUAAUCAGAUCAUUAACUAUCGAUGUGACCCUUCUGAAAAAUGGCUAGUUUUGAUUGGAAUUGCAUCUGGUGCACCUGAGAGACCACAAUUGGUGAAAGGAAAUAUGCAGCUUUUUUCUGUGGAUCAACAGCGAAGUCAGGCACUUGAGGCUCAUGCAGCUUCAUUUGCAUCUUUCAAGGUUGCAGGAAAUGAGAACCCAUCUAUUCUGAUAUGCUUUGCCUCAAAGACAUCCAAUGCUGGACAAAUUACAUCAAAGUUGCACGUAAUUGAACUUGGUGCCCAGCCAGGUAAGCCAGGGUUCACAAAGAAACAAGCAGAUCUUUUCUUCCCACCAGAUUUUGCCGAUGACUUCCCUGUGGCCAUGCAGAUCUCACAGAAGUAUGGUUUGAUAUAUGUGAUUACAAAGCUUGGCCUCCUGUUUGUGUAUGAUAUGGAGACAGCUGCUGCAGUAUAUAGGAACCGGAUUAGCCCAGAUCCUAUAUUUCUCACAGCAGAAGCUUCAUCACUUGGUGGAUUUUAUGCUGUUAACAGGAAAGGGCAGGUUCUGCUUGCAAGUGUUAAUGAAGCAACAUUAGUGCCAUUUGUCAGUGGGCAGCUGAAUAAUCUGGAACUUGCUGUAAAUCUUGCCAAACGGGGAAACCUUCCUGGAGCAGAAAAUUUGGUUGUCCAGAGGUUCCAAGAGCUGUUCUCGCAAACCAAAUACAAGGAAGCUGCUGAACUGGCUGCAGAAUCUCCCCAGGGCAUAUUACGAACUCCCGAGACAGUGGCCAAAUUUCAGAGUGUUCCAGUGCAAGCUGGACAGACACCACCAUUACUUCAGUACUUUGGAACAUUGUUGACCAGAGGAAAACUCAAUGCUUUUGAGUCUUUGGAGUUAUCCCGUCUUGUUGUGAACCAAAAUAAGAAAAAUCUCUUGGAGAAUUGGUUGGCUGAAGACAAGCUUGAGUGUAGUGAAGAACUUGGGGAUCUUGUGAAGACUGUGGAUAACGACCUUGCAUUGAAGAUCUACAUUAAAGCAAGGGCUACUCCAAAAGUUGUUGCUGCUUUUGCUGAGCGAAGGGAGUUUGAUAAGAUUCUCAUCUAUUCAAAGCAGGUUGGAUAUACACCAGACUAUCUUUUCCUCCUCCAGACAAUUUUGAGAACCGAUCCUCAGGGGGCAGUAAAUUUUGCUCUAAUGAUGUCUCAAAUGGAAGGUGGUUGCCCUGUUGAUUACAAUACAAUCACAGAUCUGUUCCUCCAGAGAAAUUUGAUAAGGGAAGCAACUGCUUUUCUGUUGGAUGUUUUGAAGCCAAAUCUACCUGAGCAUGCCUUCCUUCAAACUAAGGUUUUGGAGAUAAACUUGGUUACGUAUCCUAAUGUUGCUGAUGCUAUAUUAGCCAAUGGUAUGUUUAGUCACUAUGACCGCCCAAGGAUAGCUCAGCUUUGUGAGAAGGCUGGCUUGUAUGUGCGAGCCCUUCAGCAUUAUUCGGAGUUGCCUGAUAUCAAAAGAGUCAUUGUCAACACUCAUGCCAUCGAGCCACAGGCACUUGUCGAGUUUUUUGGGACCCUUUCAAAAGAGUGGGCAUUAGAGUGCAUGAAAGAUUUAUUGCUUGUAAAUCUUAGAGGAAAUCUUCAAGUUAUUGUGCAGGUUGCAAAAGAGUAUUCCGAGCAGUUGGGUGUGGAUGGAUGCAUAAAACUUUUCGAGCAAUUCAAGUCCUAUGAAGGUCUCUACUUCUUCUUAGGGUCAUAUUUGAGUUCCAGUGAAGAUCCAGACAUACACUUCAAGUAUAUUGAGGCAGCAGCAAAAACUGGGCAGAUUAAAGAAGUUGAGCGUGUAACAAGAGAAUCCAACUUCUAUGAUCCCGAGAAGACCAAGAAUUUCUUGAUGGAAGCCAAACUUCCAGAUGCACGACCACUCAUUAAUGUUUGCGAUCGGUUUAAUUUUGUUCCAGACUUGACACACUACUUGUACACGAAUAACAUGCUUCGAUAUAUCGAAGGUUAUGUUCAAAAAGUUAAUCCGGGCAAUGCUCCUCUGGUGGUUGGACAACUGUUGGAUGAUGAAUGUCCUGAAGAUUUCAUUAAAGGUCUCAUUCUUUCAGUCCGUUCCCUUCUUCCAGUUGAACCUCUUGUGGAACAGUGUGAGAAGAGGAAUCGUCUUCGGUUACUCACGCAGUUCUUGGAGCAUCUUGUUAGUGAAGGGAGCCAAGAUGUGCAUGUUCACAAUGCUUUAGGAAAAAUCAUAAUUGACAGUAAUAAUAAUCCGGAGCAUUUUCUUACAACAAAUCCAUAUUAUGACUCUCGUGUUGUGGGCAAAUACUGUGAGAAGCGAGACCCAACUCUUGCGGUUGUUGCAUACAGACGAGGACAAUGUGACGAUGAACUGAUUAAUGUCACAAAUAAAAAUUCUCUGUUUAAACUGCAAGCCAGAUAUGUUGUAGAAAGGAUGGAUGGUGAUCUAUGGGAGAAAGUUCUCCAACCUGAUAACGAAUAUAGGAGACAGUUGAUUGAUCAAGUUGUUUCAACUGCAUUGCCUGAAAGCAAGAGCCCAGAACAGGUUUCUGCUGCUGUUAAAGCUUUUAUGACUGCUGAUCUUCCACAUGAAUUGAUUGAAUUACUUGAGAAGAUUGUGCUCCAAAAUUCUGCAUUCAGUGGAAAUUUCAAUCUGCAGAACCUUCUGAUUUUAACUGCUAUCAAAGCAGAUCCUUCUAGGGUCAUGGAUUACAUUAAUAGGUUAGACAACUUUGAUGGCCCUGCAGUUGGUGAGGUUGCUGUUGAAGCUCAGUUGUAUGAGGAAGCGUUUGCUAUCUUUAAGAAAUUCAACUUGAAUGUGCAAGCUGUUAAUGUACUCCUUGACAAUAUCAGAAGUAUAGAUCGUGCUGUUGAGUUUGCUGUCCGUGUAGAGGAAGAUGCUGUUUGGAGCCAAGUUGCUAAGGCCCAGUUACGGGAAGGGCUAGUGAGUGAUGCAAUUGAGUCCUUCAUUCAUGCAGAUGAUGCAACUCAGUUUUUAGAUGUCAUUCGAGCUGCUGAGGAUGCUAAUGUGUAUCAUGACCUAGUGAAGUAUUUACUGAUGGUAAGACAAAAGACAAAGGAGCCAAAGGUUGACAGUGAACUUAUCUUUGCAUACGCAAAGAUAGAUAGGUUGAGUGACAUUGAAGAGUUCAUUUUGAUGCCCAAUGUUGCUAAUCUCCAAAAUGUUGGUGAUCGAUUAUAUGAUGAUGAACUAUAUGAAGCUGCUAAGAUUAUAUUUGCCUUCAUUUCCAACUGGGCCAAGCUUGCUAGCACACUUGUUAAGCUAAAACAGUUCCAGGGUGCUGUUGAUGCUGCUCGUAAAGCAAACAGCUCAAAGACAUGGAAGGAGGUCUGUUUUGCUUGUGUUGAUGCUGAAGAGUUCCGUUUGGCGCAAAUCUGUGGGCUGAACAUCAUCAUACAGGUGGAUGACUUGGAAGAGGUCAGUGAAUAUUACCAGAACAGAGGUUGCUUUAAUGAACUAAUCUCUCUUAUGGAGAGUGGGCUAGGUCUGGAGCGUGCUCAUAUGGGCAUCUUCACAGAGUUGGGAGUCCUGUAUGCCAGAUAUCGGCCAGAGAAGCUUAUGGAGCAUAUCAAACUUUUCUCUACUCGUCUCAACAUUCCCAAGCUUAUUCGUGUUUGUGAUGAACAGCAACACUGGAAGGAACUCACCUAUUUGUAUAUUCAGUAUGAUGAAUUUGAUAAUGCUGCCACCACAAUUAUGAACCAUUCUCCGGAUGCAUGGGAUCACAUGCAGUUCAAAGAUGUUGCCGUCAAAGUUGCAAACGUGGAACUUUAUUACAAGGCGGUGCAUUUUUAUUUGUCGGAGCAUCCUGAUCUUAUCAAUGAUCUUCUUAAUGUGCUUGCCCUUCGCGUGGACCAUACACGUGUUGUGGACAUAAUGAGAAAGGCUGGCCACUUGCAUCUUGUGAAGCCAUAUAUGGUUGCAGUCCAAAGUAACAAUGUGGCUGCUGUCAAUGAGGCCUUGAAUGAAAUCUAUAUUGAGGAGGAGGACUAUGACAGGCUUCGAGAAUCUGUUGACAUGCAUGAUAACUUUGAUCAGAUUGGUCUUGCUCAGAAGAUUGAAAAACACGAGCUGCUUGAGAUGAGGAGAAUUGCUGCAUACAUCUAUAAGAAGGCUGGGAGAUGGAAGCAGUCAAUUGCUCUGUCCAAGAAGGACAACCUUUACAAAGAUGCCAUGGAGACAUGCUCUCAAUCUGGUGAUCGUGAGCUUUCUGAGGAGCUCCUAGUUUAUUUCAUUGAACAGGGAAAGAAGGAAUGCUUUGCUUCUUGCCUCUUCAUCUGUUAUGACUUGAUUAGGCCAGAUGUUGCUCUAGAGCUUGCAUGGAUGAACAAUAUGAUUGACUUCGCAUUCCCAUACCUCUUGCAGUUCAUCCGUGAGUACACUGGCAAAGUGGAUGAUCUGGUGAAAGAUAAGCUCGAAUCUCAAAAUGAAGUGAAAGCUAAAGAAAAAGAGGAGAAAGAUUUGGUUGCUCAGCAGAACAUGUAUGCCCAGUUGCUUCCACUUGCAUUACCUGCUCCGCCAAUGCCAGGCAUGGGAGGAGCUCCGGGGAUGGGUGGGCCUUUCACUGCACCCCCUCCUAUGGGAGGGAUGGGAAUGCCACCAAUGCCACCAUUUGGCAUGCCCCCGAUGGGAAGCUACUAAACUAAAAGCAACAUAAUGAUUCGUCAAAGAUUUGCACAAAUGACAUUUUCAUUCGAAAAUGAAAACCUUCAGUGCGAUGCUUCCGAAUCAGUAGUCCGUCAGCUCGUUAUUUGUAGUGUAGGUAUGAACUGAUUUACUUUUUUGUUAGCAGGCAAUUUUUUGGUGUCACUGAGGUUGAGUUGAGGAUUAAACUUUAGUGACUGACAUUCAUUCGAUAAAAAUGGGGACGGUGCUGCCGGGGGCUCAUGUAUAGUUCCCCCUUUAAUAUUUACUUCAGCGAAGGCGACAUUUGUUUGUUGCCGCCCUUUUGUGGGAUUUUUCUCCUUGUAUUCCUACGUCAUGCUACCCAGCUUUUCCAUAUUAUUUAGUAGAUUUUGGAUGACAGGAAACCUGAAACUUGUAUAAGUUUGAUUAUAACAGAAUGAUGUCUUUGACUUUAUUUCAUUGGGUCUUCUGCA